AUGACGAAAUGCUACGAUGCGGAUGAGGUGACUGCGACAGGGAUGGCAGUUGAAGGGUUCUGGGCUGAUGCGGGGAUCGCAGCAACAGACAUUGUAACCCAGGGCGAUGCCGGGGACGAGUCGGGAGACCCAGACAGAGCCGUGAGGUACUCCCAAAUCUCCUGCCCUGAGGGGCCUGCGGAGCACCGGCGGUGUUAUGCUGGAGACAUGUUUGGCGAGAAGGCCUUACUGGAGAAGACCAGGCGCUCUGCCACGGUGCGAGCCGUCACGCAGGUGGAGGCAGUGCUACUUCUGAAGCGUGCCGCCUUCGAGCGUAUGUUGGGCCCCCUGAGCCAACUUCAGGAGAUGCACUACUUGUGUGAUCCAAGGUUGCCGUGCAAAAAACAGGCUCGCUCUCUGGCCGUGGUGGCCCUGCAGAGAGCGCAAAACGCUGGAACUCGAACUCCCGCGGAGAUUCAACGGGUCUUGGCGCCGCUCAAGGAGGCGGGGAGCUGGAAACCGCUCCUGCAAAGCUUGAAGGGCCAUGCGGACUUGAUCUACUCUGUUGUGAAGGCCAUCCUCUCUGCACGUCUGCCAGGGCUGGAUCAUGCCUGCUUCACCAUCGCCAUCUCUGCGUGUGCGAGUCAAUGGGAAUGGGCCUGUGACCUCUUUACGUCGAUGACGAGGGCGGCGCUGGAGCCAAACAGCAUCAGCUACAAUGCCCUGAUCACAUGUUGCGAGAAGGGUCGGCAAUGGCACAGGGCCCUGGUGCUGCUUAGUGCCAUGGGUGACAACGCAGAUGUCUUCAGUUUCAGCGCCGCCAUCAGUGCAUGCGAGAAGUGCGGCCACUGGCAAAUCGCAUUGCAGCUCUUUGAAAACAUGGCAACUGCCAGAGUGACAGCUGACGAGAUUGGUUUUAAUGCAGCAAUCAGUGCAUGUGAGAAAGGAGGGCAGUGGCCGAGCGCGGCACAGUUGCUCCAGCGGAUGGCGAUACGUCGUUGCCUGGCCAGCGUGGUCAGCUUCAGUGCGGCGAUCAGCGCGUGUGCGACGGAAUGGCUGGCAGCACUGUGCAUGUUGGAAUCGAUGGAAUCCACGCAGGCCGAUGAAUCGAUGAAGCCUGUUAAAAGCAAUGAAGUCACCUUCAAUGCCCUGCUUAAUUGCUGCGAGAAGUCCUGGCAACACGGGCUCAGCAUCGCGGACAUGCGACAGCUGCAGCUGCUGCCGGAUGUCGUCACUUUGAGCACAAGCCUCUCGACCCGUUUCGGUCAAUGGCCUCGGGCUCUCAGCAGGUUCCGGAGUUUUUCCGCGACCUCGCUCAACCUGGUGACUUUCAAUGCCAUGAUCCAUACCUGCGAGUCUUCAUGGCCCUUGGCGCUGGAGCUCUUUACCGAAUUGGGCAGCCCCGACGUCGUAAGCUUCGGCAGCGUGGCAGCGGCGCUGUGCAGAGGGGCUAAAUUGAAGGAAGCGGUGCAGUUGAUGAAGCAGAUGACAGCGGCAGAUCUGAGAAUUGAUUUGGUCAGCUUCAAUGCUUCGAUGACUUCAUGUCAAGCCGUAGGACGCUGGCAGGAGGCCUUCUUCUUAGUGGAUUUCAUGUUGCAGAUCGAAAUCUCGCCAGAUGUCACCUCCUUCAGCUGCAUCGUCACCAGCGCUGCGCAGGCCUCGUGGCGCCUGGCGCUCAGCAGCUUCAAGGAGACGAUGAACCGCGUGGGCUUCUGCGCAGCCAUCAACGCCUGCGAAAAGGGACAGCGAUGGCCACAGGCCAUUCAUCUGCUGCAGAUGCUGCGACUGCGAGCAGAUGUCCCCAGCUUCAAUGCAGCGCUGAGCUGCUUAGAGGGACAGUGA